AUGAGCGAAGUGAGGGAGGUAUUGGUUGGCAUUGCAAAGAUGUCAACAAGUGCAAAUGAACCACAAGAAAUUGUGGAGAACUUUCAGAAGUUACGCGAACAACAACAGGAUAUAGCGAAUGAAAUCAAUAAGGUGGAUGAGGAAACUCGAGAGCAUAAACGUGUGAUCGAAUUGUUAGAGAAAAUGCCUGAGGACAAGAGGUGUUAUCGAGUGGUCGGAGAUACAUUAGUGGAGUAUCAUGUCAAAGACAUUCUGCCGGAACUCAGUGAUAAUGUUAAAAGUGUACGUGUGAAUUCGAUCAUUUUUUCCCAUCAAAUCUUUCGACUUGAAUGA